AUGGUGGUAUCUCCCACAGGGGCAGCGCCAACGGCUGCUUCUCGCUAUGGCAGUCGUGAGAGCAAGGAGGCCUUGGCUGAACUCAAGACGAAGCUGGACUUUGCACUCAGCCGCCUCAAUGAUCAGGACACGCAGCGGGCCGGUAUCGAAGAGAUCAGAGAGUUUCUUCAAACCCUUUACCCCGAUUGGUUUCCAAUGGUCAUUACUUCAAUCGGAGAGGCUGGCACAAAUUUGAAGCCGCUGGGUCGCUGCGAGAGUGUAAAGCUGCUGGGCCUGUUGGCGGAGCUCCAUGGAGAUGGUGUCAUACCUCUCCUUCAGCGCAUGCUUCAGGUUGUCCUGACUCGGUUGCAGGAUGCGGACCUUCACCUGCGGGAAGCCUGUGCUGAGACGGUAUUUAGACUCACGCGGGCGCUCGUUGUGGAUGCUGAUGGAUCCCCGGUCUUCGCGACUCUGCUGAAACCACUCUUUGCUUCUCUCACCGAGCACAACAAGUGGGUACAGAUCGGGGCAGCAUCUUGCAUAUGCGCCGUAAUCCAGGGAUCUCCGCCGGCUGUUCUAAACGAGAACUUGGGACGACUUUGUGCACGAUUGGUUCAACAUCUCAGCUUGCCGCUGGCCAUGGCACGGCCGCAGCUUCUGAGCGCCUGCAUUCACGUAAUGCAGGCUGUCAACCUCACUGACUUUGAUGAAGUUCUGCCAUCCCUGAUGCCCUGCUUGGAGAUUUGUCUGAACUCGACGUCAGACUGGCAGACUCGGAAGCAGGCCGUGGAAGUGUUGCAAGCCAUCGGCGACCAUGCAGAGCUUGGUUCGUCGCUACAAAUCUCUACUCCUUCAAGCCCGUCAAUGCGCCCAACGCCCCUGCAGAAGAGGCUUUCCGCUAUGAUGGAAGGUCUUCGAGAGGACAAGGUUCGUGCAGUGCGAGAGGCGGUGAAGGAUGUUCUGCUUCGGUGGUCGGUCACCGUAAAGGCAGCACCUAGUCCGACAUCUACCUUGGCAGGAGAGAGGAGCGACAGGCCACUGCGAUCCAGUAGCCCUUGCGCUGCACAGGCUCCCAAUGCAGAACGAGAGGGAACUUGGCACCGAAACUCUGGAGUCUCCCUUCGGUCGACCAGCCCUUUGCCCGACCGAGACCAGGUCCGGCUGAGCGAAGGUACUUUGGGUGCGCAAGGUGCCAGGCAGGCAAGGAACGUCCGCGCCGCCACGCGUGAACGCGACAUGCGUGACCCCUUUGCGGAUGCCAAGCUGGAGGAAGACCGAGGCGUCGAUAAGCAAGAGAGGCUCCACGAAGCUGCUGCGGAGAAGGUGGCUCGGAACAUUGCAGUGAAGAAUGCGCUGAGCAACGCUGACCUCAGCACCACCAAGAAACCCAGGCCGAAGCGCGAGCGUGUGUCCAUCUUUAGCCAGCCAGCAAACUCAAGUUUUUUCCAAUCGGCCAACCAGCACCCAGCGGCAAGCGACGACUUUGAAGACGUCGUCGUUGGUAUGCCUGGUAUGGCAGGGGUGGAGGACAGGCUGCUCAGUUCAGGUAGCGAGACACGAGGCUUGGCGCGCACAGAAGGCGAUCUGAUGGAGGAUCUGCCAGCAGUCCAGGAAUCUCCGGUGCAUGCCAAGGACGAAUCUGACCCAGGAGCGGCCGAGCGUGAUGUCUCGGUGGAGCCAGCAAACAAGGCCCACUUCGUGGACACAGGCCCAGGAAACGGCGGGCCGCGGAUGAACUCGGCGGAGGCAGGCACUGGCGUUGCCACAAGAGCAAGAAAGAAGCCGGUGCCAGCCAACAGGUUGGAAGACACUGAGGAUUCAAAGCCCAGGAGAGCAGCGAGAUCAAGUUCCAAGACAGCCGAAGCUCCAGAGAGGGUGGAUGCGGCAGGUGCUGGCGAUAAUCCAUCGCAUUCCCCGACCUCCUCUGUGCCAGCGCAGCAAGAGGUCUCUGACGCAUCACCUCACCUUGCAGAGGAUAUUCGGUCUCACCAGGCGUCCACAGAGGCUCCCGAGACGGAUGGAGGCCCAGCACCUUGGUGGGAAGAUCCCUCAGGGCGCUCGGAGCAGCUUGCCUCAGCCGCACCUCCGCAUAGGCCUGCGGCGGGUGAUCAAGAGGAGACGACCACCCUCCUGUCGCACAUCGAGGCUUUGAGCCAACGCCUCGCUGUUUUGGAGGACGAGAAGCGGCGCUCCGACAGGCAAAUGACCGAAAGGCUGCAGCAGCUGGUUCGAACCUGCGAAGGCCAAGGCGAGCUUAUCGCCACUCAGCAGCAGAGGAUAGAGACGCAGGAGCAGCAGAUGCAACUCAUGGAGGAGCGCAUUGCUCAGCAGGAAGACGAGUUGGCGCAGAUGGACCAGCAACUCCAGGAGCAGCAGCUGCAGAUCCAGCAGCAGGACCAGCGACUGGAGCAGAACGACCAAAUGCUCAAUGAGCAUCAGCAGCAGCUGGAGCAGCAGGAGCAGGAGUUGGAGAAGCAGAUCUUGCUCACUGACGCCUUCAUCAGCACGGCAUCAUCCAGCAGCAGCGUCAAGCCCGCGAAACAGGCCUGGACGGCAGAGGAUGCCGGGACAGGUUCUGGCAAUCCCGCAAAAAGGUGGGCAGCCGAUUGGAAAGACGGAGCCGAGGCCACUCGCAUCCCCGGUGCAACGGCGGACGGUGCAGCGGCGGUUGGGGCCGGCGGCGCUCUUGCUGGUAGCAGCAGCGAACGACCUUUGGCACUUGGCCGUGCGAAGGUUGACACAGGUGCAGCGACAAAGGCCUCGUCUCAGAAAGCUGGCGGACAACUGUGGGAUUCUGUGAUGGAACUCUGUUCCGAAAGACGUUUUCUGGAGGCUUACAAGCAGGUCAUCGCUGAGCCUGAAGAGACAUGCCUGCUCCGACUCAUGAAGCACACAGGCCCGAUCGUGGAUCGACUGGAUGCUGAGAGCAACUCCAGACUGAUCCGGCGGCUCAUACACAUCCUCUCGUCACCGGCGAAGGACCCAGCUGCUACCAGCAUCGAGCAGAUCUUCUCAUGGCUGUGGCAGGCUCUGAACCAGGGCAUCCACUUCACAGCCUCGCAAGUUGAGGAUCUCGUUUCCGCUCUCCAAAAGGUCUCCUCUGCCCAGUCGCCACUCAGCGGCCCAGAAAAGGCAGAAGCAGCACAGCUGCUGCAACAGGCCUUCAAGCCAGAAGCUGCAGGCAGCUGGUUGAGCACGCAGCCUCCUCGAAGUGGGGGUAGCCUGCCAUCAGCCCCAGCCAGCUUCAAGGCCGGAAAGCCCAGAAAAACCAGAGACUUCAUCGACGGGGAAAUCACUCUCCACUCCACGGGCACUAGGCACGUUUGGGAUGGGGAGAGCCUUGACCCGCGUUUCGUCACCGAAGAGCAGACGACGCACGCUAUCAGCGGGCAGGUGGCAACACUCGUCUGCCGCUAUGUGGAAGAGGGAAGGGACAAAGCGGAGGCCCUGACAAAGAAUGACGACGAGUUCCAUGAGGACCACUUCCUGCGUCGAAGAUGGUGUUGCUGUCCUCGCAGAAAAAAGAAGCCGGAUUUGUCCCAUGAGGCCGUAUUGACCUUUCUGAACGACAUCUCCGAUUCCCUGUAUUUUUGCAAGCAGGUAGUUGUACUUUGCGCCAUCUACAUCGAGCGCUUGAUUGAACAGACCGACACCGUUCUGACGGUUGGUAACUGGCGUUCGCUUGUCACAGCUGGAUUGCUGAUUGCAUCCAAGGUAUGGGAGGACAUUCAUCCCUGGAACGCCGACUUUGAAGAAUGCCUUCUGGAAGUUGCAGGCAUUCGCUACAAAUGCGGCGCGCUGUACCGAUUGGAAUCGAUGUUCCUGGAAAAACUGCAGUGGAAGGUGUUCGUCGAUGCCAAAAUCUAUGCUGCUUACUUCUUCUCCUUGAUGGAAGGAAUUAGGAUGCUUCUGUCGAGCAAAAGCAUCGAAAGCCCAGUUCAGCAAUGCGUUCAGCUUAUCAGCGUUCGGUAUUCCCAUCUUUGGUCCUGCCUUGCCGACCCGUACUUCAUGUCCACUCUGUCUGUGGACGAGCACUUCGGCGAAUCGGACUCAGAGUUGGACUUGGAAAGGGGCCUCAUGUCUCCGGAGCAGCGCGGAACCUCGGAGCGCAGCUCCAGCUCGCUGUCUUCUGCGUCGCCAGACGUUCGUGGCAGGGAUGAGGUGGAGAGUUGUCUCAGUGGUGAGUCACUUCAUAGUGCACGUGAUUGCUGGCGUCUCGAUGCCGGAAAUCCACACAUUGGCUCUCUACGACAUGCGCCACGAGCUCUAGCACCUUCCCGACACAUACCUCAGAGCGAGGAACUGCUUCGGGUCCACAAGUUGGUCUCACGGACCACAAGCAUGUUUGGUCUCCCCAAGGGCCGCCACCCUGAGGCACUGACACUCUCCGGAGCGACCGGAAGUCAGUUGAAGACGGAGCUCCUGCAGUACUUGAAGAAGAGGGGUGAGGAGAAAACCACCGCCGAGGCCUCCGCAGCUCGUGGAUUGAGCAUUCUGGAGGAGGAAGGUGCAUGGUCAGACAAUUCUCCCAGCAAGUGA